AUGAUCACACAAGCUGCCGAAAAAGUCAAGAUCAAUUUGUCUUCUCAAGUAAAGGACCGAAUUCAAAUCGAGUGCUUGAGUCAAGGCCAAGAUUUGGACUUGGGUUUGACCCGUAACAGGUUAGAGUUGCUCUGCGCCGACAUUUUCGACGAAACCUUGCAGUGCGUCGACACUGCGAUUGCCAACGCCGGGAUGGCAACCGAUGAAAUUCAUGAAGUGGUCUUGGUCAGCGGCUCGGCAAGGAUCCCUGAACUACAAAAGAGGCUGAAAGAGAAAUUCCCAACGAAAGAAAUUAAAAUGACCAUCAACCCGGCAGAAGCUGUAGUGUACGGCGCUGCGGUUCAGGCAGCCAUGCUCAACAACGACCGGAGUGUUGAAGACAUUCAGCUGUCUGACGUUACCCCUCUGUCCUUGGGAGAGGACAUCGAGAGGAUGAUGGUCGAGAUGAAGGAUAUCGAUGAAAAGGAGGAUCAGCAUCGUGCAUUAAUGGACGCUUCUGCCUCUUUGGAGGAAACGAUAGUGAAGAAGAAGGAUCUUCUUGAACGUAAGAAGGGCCUCAAGAAAAUAUCUCAAAAAGGCUACGAGAAAAUCAAGAAGGUGUGCGAAGAAGCCGAGGUUUGGUUGGAGGCUCACGGCGACGCAAGCAAGGAUGAGUUUGAUGAUAAGGAGCAGCAGUUCAACGAGUCUUUCUCUGAACUCUUGGCCGACCUGAGCUUCUGA